UUGCCCUCCCCUCCCUCCCACUCCCUCUUUUUCUCUCUAUCUCUCUCGGCUUUCACUCUUUCGUAUUAUCACUCUCUCUGUAUUCCACCUCCCUCAUCCUCUCUGUCACAGUGGGAGAGCUGCAGGCAGACAGAAGCAGGCAUACACUAAUGUUACUAUAUUUGACAAGACACACACACACACACACACACACACACACACACACACACACACACACACACACACAUACAUACAUAUUCUCCUGCCACAUGCACGACUGCACACACAUACGGAAAAGAAGAACGGGAGGUGGGGGCACAAACACACACAGACACACCGGAAAGACAGCCCUCAAGUGUACAUGUGUGGAUAAACACAUACACACACACACCGACGCGUGCUGAGUGCAGGAAUCACAAACAUAGCGACACACAGAAGGGCAAGCGCAUGACGCCAGCAACCUAAUGCUGUUGUCUCUCUUUCUCUCUCUCUCACACACACACUUUGUCUCUCUCUUUUUCACACACACUCACGCCUCUCAGACACACACGGCAGUGCACAAGCCAGCGGACAGGACGGCGCUGGAUGCAUCAUUCAUAUAAGGAAUAGAUCCGAAGAAAUGGAUUAACUAUCUCCAUCCCGCUCCCUCUACGGACCUUUUCCUCUCUUCCCUCCUCUUGUGUCUCUAAGCCUCUCUUCACCUCAUUUUUUAUCCUACAAUCCCUCCUUUUUCACAAAUCAUUGGUGGGUUAAAGGGGAAGCUGGGGGGAUUGUCUCUACACAGAAAGAAGGAUUAUUCUCACAUUAUUUAUUUGACCAGGAUCUUGAAUGUAUGGAUUUCUUUAACUGAAGCAGUUUUUCUUCUAUGUUUUGUCCAGUGAGAGAUUUUUGAUCUUUUUAUUUUUAUUUUUGGGACAUUUUGGGGGGGAUGGCUGAUGGCAGAAAGCUAUAAGGCUGUUGCUGUCUGAGAUAUUUGGUCAAAAGGUGUUUUGGUGUAGCUUUUCGCAGUCGCUGCCCUAGUGGAGGCUGCAGGCAUGCCGGCUUGACACCCCCGUAGCCCCGCCCCUCUGACAGAGGAAGGCUAUAGAGCUCUGUGUCAUGCCCCCCCACACCCACCCCCCUGGGGGCAUCAGCCUGCCCCCGCCCAGCUCUACUACUCACCACCUGGCCAGACCUGUCUUCCUCUGUGUCCUCUGCCUCCUGGCGGUGCUGCUGCCACCAGCCUCAUCCUGCCCUCCUCCCUGUCUCUGCUACUCAGAUGGCCUGGUGGUGGACUGCGGGGGCCGGGGUCUCUCCUCCCUGCCUCCCCUACACCUCCUGCCUCCGGGAAGCCGCUCCCUCCUGCUAGCCAACAACAAGCUUGCCUCGCUGGGAGCCUCUGCCUUCGCUAACCUCUCCUCCCUGGAGGAGCUGGACCUCUCUAAUAACUACUUGGAUAAUUUACCAGCUGGAUUAUUCAGAGACAUGUCCAACCUGACAAGAUUGACUCUCCACAACAACUCACUAACAGUAAUGGACAGAGAACUCUUCCAGGGUUUGGGGGGUCUUCAGAGUCUGGAUCUGUCCUUGAACGGUCUGUCCUCUGUUCCUCUGGGGCUACUGGACGAGGUGCAGAGCCUCAGGUGGCUGUCUCUAGCGGGUAACAGGCUUCAUGGUUUGGAGAGGGCAGCAUUUGAGCCACUUGCCAACCUACAACACCUGGAACUGGGACACAACCCCUGGGAAUGUGACUGCAACCUCCGCGAUUUCAAACACUGGAUGGAGUGGCUGCUGUACAGAGGGGGAAAGGUGGACGCGUUGGAGUGCACGCUACCGAAGGAUCUGCGUGGGCGAGACAUCCGAGGCGUUCCAGUGGAAAUGUUCAACUACUGCCUCCAACUUGAAGAUGAGAACGGCGGAGGAGGAGGUGAGGGUUCACGUUCCGGACAAGGAGGAGUUCCUCCCUGCAGCAGGAACGCUCUCAGCCCCAGUGGGGCAACACCAAUUUCUGACAACAGCAACACUGGUGAUGACUCCUCUUCAAACACGGGUGGUGGAGGAGGAGGCGGAGAGGCCCCGUCAGAUUGUGUCCGCGCCCGUUACCGACCCGUGAGCGUGCGCCGCGCCAUCGGCACAGUGGUGAUUGCCGGCGUGGUGUGUGGCAUUGUUUGCAUCAUGAUGGUUGCAGCCGCGGCUUACGGCUGCAUCUACGCCUCGCUGAUGGCCAAGUACCAGAGAGAGCUGAAGAAGAGGCAGCCACUGAUGGGAGACGGAGAAGCAGACGGGGAGGAUAGGGAGGAGAAACAGAUCUCCUCUGUGGCCUAGAGGAGUAAUUGGACGAGGGAGGGUUGGCAUGUCAAAGGGUGAAGUUUGGAAGGGGCGAAAAUUAAAAGGGCUCGAAGAGGAGAGAGAUGAAAGAGCUUGUUUUAUGCACACAGACAGUUAUGGUAUCUCUCCCUCUGACUCAGACCAACACCUUUCUCCCACUUUUUAUCUACCUUUCUUCUUCCGCUUUCUAUUUUUAACCUUCUCCCUUUGUGUUCCACUCUCUAACACACUCCCUCAUGUACACAUACCUUAUCUGUUCCCUGAUUUUCCUCCAUUUGGAGCUUUUCUCACUGCAGUAUUUGUUACAAAUCUUCCCUCCAACUCGCCUACCAACCACCUACUGCUGCUCUUGGCUGCUGCUGAAUUUACCAUUAUACUGGCUGAGAUAAAAAAUUAUUUGGUACUCUCUCUAGUAUGAAACAUAUCAUUUAGGCUGUUACGAGACACUCAUGGAUCUGUAUUUGUAAAACUGGAUUGAAUUUUCAGGGAUUUACAGUAUGUAUGGUGUCGAUUGGACCAAUAUUCACAACGAUGAGAAGAAUUUGUGGUAUUAGGUAGUGCCCAGCUCUCGUUUUGUUUGCAUCUUUUUCCUCCUCAAUCUCUCCAAAGCAGUAGAAGUAGUUCCUCCAAAAAACCAGGACCCCAGCCAAGAUCCCUUCACCCUCGUCUGCUCCUCUGACGUUCCCUUGGACCUCCAAGUCUCAAAGAAACAGCCAGCAUUGGAAAGCUUGGGCAAAAUGAGGGAACGUUUGUGGAUAAACAUAAAGAGACUCUCUUUAACGUCUCUCUAGCACUUUGUCGCAGAGAGAAUACUGAGGAUACAUACAGAUUAUACGUUGAUAGGAAAACAAACACAGUCUCCUGAGUCUCGUGUCUCUUGAGAGUUGUUAGGGAUGUUUAACAUGGAACAGGAAAUCAUUUGGAUGGACAAAAUGAUCAUUCAUGCAUGGCUAGACCUUUCAAAUACAUGAGGUCAGGAACAACGGUUAGAUAAUCUCCCCUAUUUGGACCAGAUCUGUUUCUCUCUGGAUCUCCUAUGGACCAAUAACAUUCUCCAGGUGUCACAGACUUGAGCUGUGUAUGAGAUUCUACAAUGAAUCUUAUCAAUCAGUUCAAUGGGAAACAAACCAUUUUAACUGGAAUUUGAAUUUGCUGUAUUUGUCACUUUUCAUCGGAAUAAGGCUCUUGCUUACUUGAUGCUUGUUAAAUGAUUAUGAUCAGUGUCUGGACAGAUCAAAAGUCUCUUAUCAUGGUGAAAAAGCAGACAAACUAAUUUUCUGGUAUUGGACUAUGCUUCUAGGCUGGUUCAGUAAAGUAUUCACAAUGGUUUUAGUGAAGUUGUUGAGAUUUAAAGGACUACAGAAUUUGCUCUGAAGCAAUUAUUCUUUGUUCAGAGCAAAGUUUCAGACUGAUUUCACCUCUCAGCGGUGAAUGUUUGCUACUAUGGCACGGAAGCACUAUCUCAGAGAACCCUGUCUCCUGGCAAGGACUACAGAAAAAAUCAUCUAAGGACUACAAACUCAGACUCCUGCACUUUAUUUCCCUAACCAGGUCCCUCUCCCAUCUCCUUUCCCUCUCUUUCUUUCUUUCUAACAUGGACGAUUUGCCCUGAAGGAUUAUAACGGACAAGGGAUUAAACAAAAAGACGCUGCUAUUUCCUCACCCGCCGCCUCCUCCUUCUCAUCCCUUUAUCUCUCUAUCCAUCUUUCCAUCCAGUGCUAUUUAUGGAACGUUUUUCACGCUUCCUUAAAGACUUCCACCUCCUUUUCUUUCCUUUUUAACCAUCCCUUCCCCCAUACUGUUGGACUCAUGUUUUUCCUGAAAGGUCAGCAAUAUGCAAUGGAAGUUGUGUCACCAUAACAUGAAAAUUGUGUUACUGCCAAAGAGUCCUUCUGUUAUAAACUUUCCUAGUUAUUUCUCACUGCAUUCACAAAAAAAGGUUAGUUUAUUUGCUUUACAUAGUGUUUUCAUAAGUAUCCUUAUUUAAGCCCUGACAUAUUUAUGUAAACUUUAACAUUUUACAUUUGUGUCUUCAGUGAUAAACAAUUUCAAAAUCUGGCUUUCAUUGCAUAUUGCUCCCCUACAGUAAAACUAUUCUUCCCUCUCAAUUUCGAAUUGGCUGGAAAAAAAACUAUAUUAAUAGUGUGUUAUCUUAUACCUGGGUAUGAUGCAGAUAAAUAUUAUUAUAUUAGUCUCUAAAAUGGUGUGUUGGCCCAGCGAUUCCCAAAAUGUUUUUUGACGUAACUGUAUUGUUUUCUGUAUUAAUUCAUGAUGUAUGUCUUUUGAUGUGUUGACUUAUACGUUUUGUUUUAGGUUUUAAUAUCUCUGUAAUGUUUGUUUAUUUGUCGUGUUCAUUUAUUUGUGUUAAGUAGUUGGUAAAGUUUCUGCAAGAGGCACUGAAAGAGUUUGGCCAUUGAGAGUGAAAAGGGCCCCAUACUGCUGCCUCACCUCUGAAAUGUAUCUGGGUGACAUUAUUUGGCAUAGAGGUAGGCGAUAACGUUAUUGUUUUAAUAUGAUUGACAUGCAGUGCUAUAGGACCAACUUUAUCUCUUACAAAAAACUUUUCAUUUUGCAACUUAUUUGAAAUAACAAGCAUUUAUGGAAAAAACAUGCUGUCCAUAUUGUAGUUGUCAGGAUAACAGACAGAACAUUUGCAUCUACAAGAUGUUGGGUUCCAACAUUUUUCAAUUGAUUACUGUUUCUAUAAUAUUGAAAACAUGAUAACUAGUGUGGUUAAACAGCCGUUAAGAUAUGGCAACUAAACCAAGUGGAAAAAGGGUUAGUGAAAGGUUAUAGUCCUGGUUAAAUAAUAAAAAUGUCAAGGCUUAUGCCUUGUAUGAGAUGGGACAUGAGAUCAGAGAAACCAGUGUUGAAGACAAACUCUUAUCCACCACCCUGACCUCCACACCCUUACAUUUUGCUGCAUUUAUGAACAUUGCAUUCUGUCUUGCAUCAGAAUAGUUGCAUAUAAAAAUUAUUUGUAGGAGAUAUAUGAUUAUUUGAUCCUAAAGUCCAGUACUGAUCAAGUUUGCAUUGCAAAUUAAGUCUAGAUGCACUUUAGCAACAAUGGUCACCACACUAAUGUAAAGAGAUAGAGAAGCAGGUAAAACUAAUUUAGAUAUAGAUUUAAAUUAAUAAUUAGCAUCUUCAGGGCAUGUGUGAAAAUGUGGUAAAGUGAUAUUUAAAGGGAUUUAAAUGACAAGUGUAAACAUAGCCAUGAAUUUCACAGGGACUCUGAGGCAGUAAUUGAAAAAAAGGCAAUGGCUAAACUCUGUCUAUGAAUCUAGAAACAUUGUCCUCUCACCCCCCGGUCUGCAGGUCAUGUGUUGUUGGUAGCUAAGUAUCUUAGCUAGCUGAAACCUAUUCCUAUAGCCUGUGUGUGUAAAGAAUAAUAAAUUAUAGUUUGUUACGUAAAACUGCAGCAGCCAUGAUGAUUGAGGACCUCAAAGAUUACAUUGCCGAGGAAUCUAUGGUGUGUUGUGUUAUUAUGAUGAUUGUGAUUAUGACAAUGAUGAUAUGACGAUGAUGAAGCAUUUCCUGGUCAAUAUGCAUUGAUUUAAAUAAAAACAUAUCACACGUACGUCAAAUUUACAUUCAGA